AAAACCAAAGAUGUUGCAUCUUAUCGAUUCCUUGAAAUCUUUCUUGAUGUUUUCGCCGACCAAUUGGUUCGCAUGUCGAAUAGCACCUUCUUUCGAAUUAAAGAACUGAAUUCGAUGGUUAGAGAUCAUAGUAUCAGGAAAACUUUGUUAGAAACGUUACUAGCCGUGUCCAUGGAAUUUUCUACGAGAUCAAUUGAUUCUAAAGCUGAACAAAUUAAAAAUUUAUCGGAUGACAAGAUUGCGACUCUUGGAGCAAUUAAACCCUGGGAAGAUUCUAAUCAUUUGCUGGUUGUAUUUUUAUCACAAACUCCGGAUUCAAUAUGCGCGUUGUACAGGAGCAAAGACUUGGUGCCUGAAAACGUGGUGGGUUUGUUAAGAAGUCAACAUGUGGGAACUAGAAAUUUUUCAUUGGAGGAUUUUGAAAAUAUGUCUUCCGAAGACAUCAUAAGAAAGCUAGA